UUGGCUUCUCCCGUGAGCCUUUGCUACGAUCACCCACUUAGCGGGACGGGUCUUGGCUUUGUUUUGUGAUUCUAUCCUGCUCGUCUUGGACCGUCUUCAUUGUUGCUCUUGCUAUCUGGUGUUAGAUUCAGCAUUGUGCUGCUACAGUAGUAGAGAUUGUGGAAGAAGGAGAAGAAUGAGGACAUGGCGGUAAAGUCGAGGCGGCAGCAGCAGCAGCAGCAGCAGCAGCACCGGGAGACACGCCACGAUAAAUCCAGGCGGUCUGGUCCAGAAAUCGAGGAGAAGAAGAGUGGCGUAUUCGAUCGGGGGAAAAGCCGACUUGUUUCCGGCCAGAUCAGUAGCCGCGGCGGGAGCCUGCUGAAUAUAGGGAUACCUUUGCUCUUGGCUGCAGUUGCUGGGGUUUUACACUGGUAUCAUAUUUCCAGUCUUUUCGAAAAUGACCGGCAUUUUUCUCAUCUUUCUACUUUGGAAAAGGAGAUGGGCUUUCGCACAGAAAUGGGCCUUUAUUAUUCCUAUUUUAAGACUAUUGUUGAGGCACCUUCUUUUUUAAGUGGAGUAGUCAUGGUAAUGAAUGACAAUCGAACAGAGUAUCCUCUUAUUAUCAACACAUUGAAGAGGUUUAAUUUGUACCCAGAGGUUCUCCUUGCCAGCUGGUACAGGCUUUACACAGGAACAAUGGGUCACUUUGGCUAUGCGACUAAAACUUGCUGGACUGUCAAUAGAGGGGAAGGACUACAUCCUGUGAACAGCUGUGAAGGUUUGGGAGACCCAGCUUCCUUUUAUGUUGCAAUUGUGUUUGCACUUAAUGGACUCAUGCUGAGCUUUUUCUUUAUCAUUGGAGCUUACUUAAGUGGCAGCAGUCUUGGCGGAAUUAUGACAGUCUUGUGCUUCUUUUUUAACCAUGGGGAGAGUACGCGUGUCAUGUGGACUCCACCUUUGCGCGAGAGUUUCUCCUACCCAUUUCUUAUCCUUCAGAUGCUGGUUUUAACACACAUUCUCAGGACUCCCAAAGCAGGAAAAUGUGCCUUUGUCGCCCUUUCUGUGUCAAUGGUGUUUUUCAUGCUGCCUUGGCAGUUUGCACAGUUUGUUUUACUUACUCAGGUUGCAUCAUUAUUUGCUGCUUACAUCAUUGGCUACCUUGAAUCCGACAGACUGCAGCACCUUUUGUAUGCCCACAUGGCUUCACUUUUGCUGUGUUUUGUCCUUAUGUUUGGCAACUCUAUGUUGUUGACUUCUUUUUAUGCUUCUUCACUGGUGUCAAUGAGGGGUAUAAUUGCACUGAGAUCUAAACUCAUUCAGUACUGCAAGGAGGGCUUUCUAUUGUGGAUUGCCCAGAGCAUCAUCUUGUUGAUAUCAACUAUAAUUUUGAAAAUGUUACUGUCCAUUCUUCUCAGGACUUCAGACGAUGCACACAUAAGUAAUUUAAUAAAGUCUAAGUUUACAAGCUACAAAGAUUUUGAUACCAUGAUGUAUACCUGUGCUGCAGAGUUUGACUUUAUGGAAAAAGAGACUCCUUUGAGAUAUACAAGAACUCUGCUGCUUCCUACUACCCUGUUUGUCAUCAUUGCAGUUACAGUGAAGAUCAUAAAGGAUGUUUGGAUUUUUUCCAGAAAGACUGAAAAUCACAUGUUAAAUGGUGAUAAGUAUUCUUUGGAAACGACUGCACAGUUUUCAAAUGGAGAGAUGGUGUACCACUUCUUCCAGCUCAUAGCUUUUGCUGUGCUUGCAAUUCUGAUCAUGAGGUUGAAGCUUUUUCUUACUCCUCACAUGUGCAUUAUGGCAUCAUUGCUCUGUUCAAGACAGCUGUUUGGCUGGAUUAAGCCUAAGGCCCUCCAUCAUCUGCUGGUGGUUGGAGUGAUAUCUGCCAUGGCUGUCCAAGGCGUUGCUAAUCUUCGCGGCCAGUGGGAUAUUAUUGGAGAGUUCAGCAAUGUACCCCAGGAGGAGCUUCUUGAGUGGAUCAAAGCCAGGACAAAAGCAGAUGCUGUAUUUGCUGGAGCAAUGCCAACCAUGGCAAGUGUCAAACUGUCAACUGGCAGACCAAUUGUUAACCAUCCCCACUAUGAAGAUGCUGGACUUAGAGAAAGAACAAAGCUUGUAUAUGCCAUGUAUAGCCGCAAACCAGCUGAGGUUGUGAAGCAAAAUUUGAUGAGACUCAAAGUGGACUACUUUAUUUUGGAGGAAUCCUGGUGCAUACGACGCACACGGCCUGGAUGUAGCAUGCCAGAGAUCUGGGAUGUGGAGGACCCAUCCAAUAUAGGCAAAGUCCCUCUGUGUACACUGAUUGAGCAAAAUCCACAGCCACAUUUUAAAAUGGUCUUUCAGAACGAUGUUUAUACUGUGUUGAGAGUCCCCAAAGCUACCAAAGAUUUGUAAGAACCCCACUGCUGAAGUGAAACAGAUAAGCUCCAUUUGAGGCAGCAGCAGGAUUCGUCCUCCUGUCAUUUGUUACCAUCCGAUGAUGGAAGGUAUAACUGAGACUGUAAGGGAUGGUUAAAAAAAUCAACCCCAGCCUCAACACCCCCAUUCACUGCCUCAUGUUUGUGUGUCCUACAGAUGCAGUGCUCUCAGGUGCAUGUACAUGGCCAGCCACAUUACAAUGAAAUUUGAAAUAAUAGAGUUGAGUACAUGGACAGCUCACAUACCUUGUUUUUGAAAUAUUACUACAGUAUUCAGCAACAAGUCCAUUCAGGACUAAAAGUCUAGCCUUGUCCUGAAAAAUUAUGCCAAACACACAUUGUGGCAGAAACCUCUGUGCAAGGAUGUUGUUUCAUAAAGUGACCAGUCUUUAUCUUGGGGAGCUAGGUGACCCUUUAUUUCGCCUGAGAGGGUAAAUCUCACGUGCCUGAUCUCAGCCAGCCCUUCUAGCUGGUGUAAUUCUCAGAUAUCAGCUACCUGCUGCUCAUUUUUUCAUUUUGUGUCUAAAAAAAGAUUAUGUUCACUGCUUGUUUAUCAAUCUGCACUUCCCAUUUGCAGCCAUAGUCCAUGUUUUUAUAAGUACUCAAGAACUCUUGUGGCAUCAUCUAUCAUCUACUGUGCCUCAGUCAUCUGUUUUGUGACUGGCCUGUUUACCCUCACGCAUAAUGUCCAUUUUUUUCACUUCUGUAUUGCACGUUUUGCAUGAAGUGUUGAAUCAAACAGCAGAAAAUUUGUCACAACUUUUCCAACAGUACUUUAUCCAAAAACUAAUAAAACUAAUUUAAAGUAGGUUAAGUGACCAACAGAGAGGGUGAUAUUGGUGAAAAAGAAUAAACCUUGAGAUGGAAAGACACUCUAAUGUGCUGUAUGAUUUGCAGCAUAAUGGCUUGUUUAAAAUUGAUUUUAAUUGUACUAAACAUUUUGACAGUUUUGGUUUUCGCAUAAUGAUACCUUUUAUCGUCUACUUCGUGGGCUUGGUAUCGUUUUUCUGUUUUCAGUCAGAGUGAUGCCACUUUGCAUUUUAUUAUCGUGCAUCUAGAAAGGCCUUCUCUUUCAUCCUGUAUUUGCUACGUUUUCAUUCCAACUCCCCAAGUAAUUAUAAUGAAUCAUUACAAAUAGAUACAUUUUUAUUUGUUUUCUACUUUUACCACAUCAUUAUGAAUUCUGUUGUCCAUCGCACUAUCAUUAUUACCUUUAGCUGUGGGUUAGAAUUAUGCAGAAGUAAAAAUAAAUAAACAAAUAAAUUCUAUUUGACUUUUAUACCAUAAGGAAAUAAUUAAAGAAGAAAAAAAAAAAAAACACCUGCACAAGGUUGAGGACAGGUAUGCACAGUGAAAGUCUGAGGCGUUCCCUGCUUACAAACUAAAGUUCCACUUCUUGGUUGGACGCCAUGUUUGGAGUGAGACUGAACAUUCAUACGUGAAUGGGAGGCCUGAUUUGGUCCGAGUGAGUCUCUGUGGCCGUAGACGCUCGCUUUUUACAGCCCCCAUUUUGAGCCGACCUCACACUGAUUUAUCAUUUGUUAUGCCAUUCAGUAUUGGGAGUGAUUUUUUUAAGAGUUAAAUAUAUUUGUUUUUCUUUCAGCAUGUUGAUAUAUUGAUUUUAGUGAUGUUAAGUUUAAAAAUGUGAGCUGUGAAAAGUGUUUCCAUAUAAUUAUAUUUUUGACUUUUAAAAUUUAUUUUAGACAUGCACUGUAAAUAUAAUUGUCAAUUGUUGUCUUUCAAUAAGCUGCACCACUGGAAAAUAUUUUUAAUACAGUUUUCAAAAAAAAAAUCCAAAGCCUGAGUGUGAUACUUUUUAAUUUGCCUUCAGAAGUAUUUAGGCUGAAGCUCACUCUAUCUGUUGGGAUCCUGUGAAAGUAAGAACACACUUUUAAAAGUAAUGGGAGGUUUCAAUGAAGAUAGCCCAGUAUCUAGGCUAUUAUUGACUUCAAGGAUAAGUUUAGUAUUUUUCAAGCUGAAGUUAUUUCUUCACAUUCUUUGUAUAUAUUCAUCUGCCACAUAAAAUUGUGUUCUAUACUGAAGCAUUUGCAAAGAUUAUUUGAGGAUGUCACAAUGUUUUGGCUCCUUAUUGGCUCAUCCUAGCUGAAAAGAUAAGCCAGAGCAUUCAGGACACUCUGGACCAGCGCGUCGACACUCUGCCUCAGUCGUCUGCUACUGAUGAGAAUCAGCCGUCAACAUGUCCAGCACCUUCAGUGUUUCCUCCUCCUCCUCCAACUUC